AGUGUGCUUCCAAACACACCCUUAAAGACCCUCAAACUGCUCCAGCUCCCAGCAGGUGGGUGACCAGAGGAGCUGUUCCUACUGAUGGGUCCAAAAUCCCAAGGGGGGAUGCUUGGGAAUCUCCUUCCCUCCGCUGCAAGCUUGGUACCGUGGGGCGCGAAAGUGCCGGGCUCCCCCGGGAGGGAUCGGGGUGUCCGGUAAGGGAGGUGCAAGGCUCUCUGAGGCGGGUCUUGGGCAGGUGGAGGCGGGCCGAGCUUCGGCUUUUGGCAGCUUCACAGCAAGCAGAGAGAGCGGGGAGGACCUGGCGGCUGCUGCGGAGGAUGCGAAGUUUGUGCUGGCUGCUGCUCCCGCCGGUUGUGGGAAUCCAUCCAGAAUGCAAGAUAUUCCAGCAAGUGGUCAAAGAGGAGGCUCUCUGCUUAGAAAAGAAUGAUUGCUCUCUUAUCCCUUCUAUAUCAUUUAAAGGAUGUGCCAGAGAUUGGGAUGGCCUAACCUGCUGGCCCACAGCCGCUUUUGGAGAAGUGGUUAAAGUUCCCUGUCCAAGAUUUUUUGAAGAAAUCACCAAUAUCCAUGGUUUCCUUCAGAGAAACUGUACACAGGAGGCAUAUUGGUCAGAACCAUUCCCACCGUACACCAUUGCCUGUGGAUUUGAUGAAGGUUCCAGUAAAGGGCCUGAGGAUCAGAAAUCAUAUUAUUCUGCAUUUUGGCGUGUCUACACUGCUGGCUAUGCAGCAUCAGUGACUUCACUCAUUACAGCUCUAAUUGUCUUUGCUGCCUUCAGAAAAUUCCACUGUACACGGAAUUACAUCCAUAUGCACCUGUUUGUCUCCUUUAUCCUGAGAGCAAUUGCUGUUUUCACCAAAGAUGCCGUUUUGUUUGCAGAUGAAACUAUGGACCACUGCUUAAUGUCAACGGUUGCUUGUAAGGCUGCUAUGGCAUUCUUCCAGUUCAGUGUUUUAGCCAAUUUCUUCUGGCUUCUUAUAGAAGGGAUUUACCUGCAAACACUGCUUUUGUUAACCUUUGUUUCGGACAAGCAGUAUGUAUGGUGGUUCAUAUUUACUGGCUGGGGGGCUCCCACUGCUGUGAUGUUUGCUUGGGUCCUCACUCGAAUAAACCAACAAAAUACCGGAUGUUGGGAUGAUGAUGAAAGUGGAAUAGUGCUAUGGAUCAUCAAAGGUCCCAUUCUGCUAACUGUACUAAUUAACUUUAUUAUAUUUAUUAAUGUGAUCAGAAUUCUAGUCCACAAAUUGAAAUCUCAAGAGGGAGGAGGGAGCCAUUCAAGCCACUUUGUGAGACUUGCUAAAUCCACGUUACUCUUAAUCCCCCUCUUUGGAGUGCACUACAUUGUAUUUGCAUUUUUCCCAGAAAGCACUGGCUUGGAAGCUCGCCUUUAUGUUGAGCUAGGCUUGGGUUCUUUUCAGGUAAGCUGAAUAAAAUGGUUAUCAGUCCUACAAGGUAUGAUCUGAAACACCACACUCUCAGGAACUUUACAUUUUACUUUGGUUAUUAGAGCAGACGUUAAUGUGUUUAAAUCCAAAGCACAUUCUAUCUUACUCCUUCACCACCUCUCUCUGUUGUUUGUUUCCUUACCUUUGUAUUUGAAAUCUCACACUACUUUUAAGUUCUGACUUAGAGUUCAUUUUAAUAAUCCUUUCCCUAAAUGCAAUAUCUACCUUUAUUAAAUAACAAUGACAGAGUGCCAUGAAGACCACUCUAUGGAUUAGGGUGAACCGAUUGAAACUAAUUCCACAUAUAAUAAAGGUGAUAAUAAGAGGAAU